CAGACAUGCAUUCUACAAUCUACGCCACUGUAGUCAUCACCGAGGAUACAGCUAAUCGGAAAAUUCGGAAUCCAGGGGGCUUUGGACGCCGGCGGGACGACGGCUUUCGAUUUUCUCGAAGAAGAUCAGCAUGAUGGGCAGGCAGAGAUCCGGCGUUCAAGGGGCGCAUCAUCACCGCCAGAGCUCGGAAAAUUUCCUGGCAACUUCGUCGAACGGCCGAUGGCUGCAAUCAGCUGGUUUGCAGCAAUUUCAGUCGUCGGAUAAUGCGAUUCCUCCAAUUCAGGGUUAUGGAUACCAUAAUAUGGGUGGGGAUCAAGGUUCGAGAUCAUAUCGUAGCGUGCAGCCGCAGACGUCUUAUAAAGGAAGCGUGGAUUUGUUUGCUCUGCCAUUAACGCCGACGGGUAAUUCCAGUUGUAAGAAUGGGGAAGAAAGAGGAUCACAGAGUGAUAACAGCUCUGGGCUUUUGGAUCUUCAGGCCUUCGAUUCCGAGCUACUGACUGAGAUGCCGAUGCCUGGUAUCCCAGUUGUUAAUUAUCAUUCCCGGGGGAGAAGUUUUGAUGACUCGGACCCAUAUUUUGGAAACAAUAAACAAUCUGAGAGAGCUUCUCUGUUACCCGAUAAUAAUGUAAUGAGAAGUCUUGCAGCUGACAAUGCAAAAGCAUCCAGCAAUGUUGCGAAGAUCAAAGUAGUUGUUCGGAAAAGGCCAUUGAACAAAAAAGAGCUGGCAAAGAAUGAAGAAGACAUCAUAGAAACGCAUUCAAAUUCUCUCGUGGUUCAUGAGACAAAACUUAAGGUUGAUCUGACAGAAUAUGUGGAGAAACAUGAAUUUUGUUUUGAUGCAGUGUUGAAUGAGGAAGUUUCAAAUAAUGAGGUGUAUCGUGAAACUGUAGAAGCCAUUGUUCCAAUAAUUUUCCAACGAACAAAAGCCACUUGUUUUGCUUAUGGGCAAACAGGAAGUGGCAAGACAUAUACAAUGAAACCACUACCCCUCAAAGCAGUUAGAGAUAUCUUGAGGCUGAUGCACUACACCUACAGAAACCAAGGCUUUCAGUUGUUUGUCAGCUUCUUCGAGAUUUAUGGAGGAAAACUCUUUGAUCUACUCAGUGACAGGAAAAAACUCUUCAUGAGGGAAGAUGGCAAGCAGCAAGUUUGCAUUGUGGGCCUGCAAGAAUACCGUGUAUCGGAUGUGGAGACUGUCAAGGAAUUAAUCGAAAAAGGAAAUGCAUGUAGAAGUACUGGUACCACAGGUGCAAAUGAGGAAUCUUCCAGAUCUCAUGCCAUUCUUCAGCUUAGUAUUAAAAGAUCAGCUGACGGCAGUGAAUCCAAGCCUCCGAAGGUUGUUGGCAAGCUCUCCUUCAUCGAUCUUGCCGGCAGUGAACGCGGUGCAGAUACCACUGAUAAUGAUAAGCAGACCAGAAUGGAAGGAGCUGAGAUCAAUAAAAGUUUGCUUGCACUUAAGGAGUGUAUUAGAGCUCUCGACAACGAUCAAGGGCACAUUCCAUUUAGAGGCAGCAAAUUAACAGAAGUGUUGAGAGAUUCCUUUGUUGGGAACUCUCGUACGGUGAUGGUAUCAUGUAUCUCACCGAAUGCAGGAUCAUGCGAACAUACCUUGAAUACAUUAAGAUACGCCGACAGAGUAAAGAGCCUUUCCAAAGGAAACAAUUCCAAAAGGGACACUUCAUUUUCAACCUCAAACUUGAAGGAGUCGACACCCCCACCCCCACCCCCAACUUUUGAAGAUGACGACUCGGUUGAACCACAGCCUGAAGAAUAUGAAGAUGAGUUCUACGAGCCUGAGAAAUGGACAUGGAAGAAGACCAUGAAAGUCGGAUCAUACUCCAAUGUGGAUGAAGGAGCUAAGAGAGCCAAUAGCCACGCAAAGUUAGUGGGAGCUCCUAAACUGGAAAUGAAACAUUCAAAUCCCGACAACAAUUUGGCUGCUUUGCUGAAGGAAGAGGAAGAUUUUGUCAAUUGUCACAGAAAGCAAGUGGAGGAAACGAUUGAAAUUGUUCGUGAGGAGAUGGAUCUAUUGGUCGAUGCUGAUCAACCUGGAAAUCAGCUCGACGAAUACAUUUCAAAGUUGAACUCAAUCCUAUCCAAGAAAGCAGCAGGUAUCUUACAGCUACAAAAUCAUUUGGCUCGAUUCCAAAAGCUUUUGAUGGAGCACAACGUCCUCGCCCCUUCUGAUCAUUAACUACUACUAGAGCUACAUAAUGUCGAGAUAUACGAAUGCAUACAAUCUUGCAUAUAAUGGUUGAUUGUGAAGCAGCUUGCUUAGGAAUUCCGUACGAAAAUGAAGUUCGUCGUGAUUGCUCGAUGCAGCUGGAAAUUCGGCUAUGAGUAUACGUAGCCGUCUUCGAAUGCGUCGAAAGAAUGAUCGAAAACUACAGCCCUUGAUCUCUGGCUGUUGAAUUCAAGAUAUAUUGUUGAUUUUGUAUUGAUUUGUUGGUGAAGAAGGUGGUGGCGUUGUAAAGCUCUUUUGGAUUGUAAUGUCUUUUUGGCAGUGUUUAUAGUCACACCUGAAAUGAUAAAUGAAAAUGUUGAGGUUGGUAUUGAAAUUUGAUGAAUGUAUAAAUAGUCUUGUAAUUUAUUGUUAAUGAGAUUGAAUAUUUAUUUCUAUUUUAAAUUUGAUUGGGCCUGUUUGGUUUUGUUUGA